AUGAUGGCGAGGAUGUUCCUUACUAUCUUUCUAAUAAUUUGUAUUGGAGUCGAGGCGCAAGAACGUGAUCCCAAAUGGGCAAAAAAACUGAAUGAUGUACUUCGGGUCAGAGAUUCGCUCAUCGGAAAAAUAGAAACUCUCAAGAAGAGACCACUGCCUGAUCAAAAUGUGGAGGAAUUUAUCACAUUUCUUGAAAACUUCUCUUCCCAGUUUAACGGCAUCGACAACCUCGAUUUUACAAAAGUAGAAAAUAACAGGAAACUGCUGGUGCAACUUCUGAACCAACCAGAAGAACCUAAGGUCAAAAAAUACUUCCGAAGUAAGAACCUGACGGUCAACUAUACAGAACGAGGCCUUGGAUUUGUCUUGAAGGCGCUUAAGGGAUAUUAUGAUUACCAGUGCGUACAGAUGGUGCUUUCUCCUCUCCAAACAAGAGUCGCUGAAAGCCCUGUUCCGUUUGAGGCAAUCUGUACUCCAGUAAACGAAGAUUUGAGAAGGCAUCACACAUCAAACUUCUCCAUCGCUAAAAUCUGCAUAAAUGCCGAAAAGUGUACUGGAGAAAAAACACCCCACCCUUUUGGUGAUCGAACAGGCACAAGCGCAAAAAAUGCUUGCAUUAAGAAAGACAACAGUUGCGAUGUGUUGAAUGCUAUUCCGAUGAUGGGCGCUUUACUGUGGUACAAAAUCAGUGACUUCAUAGCCCGAAGCUUUUGUAGUAAUUCUCUUACAGCACGGCCCUUUAAGAAUGCACUGAAAACAGAUUUGAAGGAAAUUGAUACAAUGAUAAACUUGAUGAUAGCAUAUACCAGCACUCUUAAUUGGAAAACGUUUUUCGAUCGAGCUAUUAAGAAGAACGCAUUUUCUAACUUAACCCGUGCCAUGUCAAUGUUUGGGAAGAGAGGGAAAUCCCUAGAAAUAGUCUCCUUCGCCUGUUCAAAACUAAAAGCAAACACAGAUGUGUGCACAGUUGGCAACAUAUACCCAAUUUAUGUUUCUCUCAAAAAACUUAAAAAAGACAGAACAAAACCCCACCGAAUUCGUGAUUUACGAGUUUUUUCCAACAUUAACCAUCAAAAGAUGCUUGAACUACAGAGAAACGAUUUGGCCCAGAUGAAUAUUCUAGGAAACAUGAAGAGAAAUGACAAAAAUUUACGCAAAAAACUUUCCACCUAUUUUCGUAAAGUUGCGAACUACGAUAAAGGAAUUGCGCAGGCUGACGUUAAUUUUAUCAGCAAAAAACUAAAGCAAUUUAACAAUUCGGCUGCAUCACUAACAAAAAAGGUAGGGAAUGAUAUGAAGGAUGUCUUACAGGCAACGAAAACGGCCCUUGAUAUACAAGUAGCCGACAAAACGAUUAAUCUUCUACUUACUAUUUUCCGCGACACCUGGAAUCCUUUCAAGUUGUUGUUUGGAGGUGGUGAUGCUAAUGACAAAACAGCUGAGUUUGCAAACUCAAUGCAAGAGAGAGCUAGAGGAAAAGCUUUGAUUCAAAAUCUAGAAAAAGUAUUAAACGAUACAUCUGCAUUAGGGAAAAAGUUUUUAAACAACUCAGCGCAAAUUUCAAAUCUUACUCGCAUGGUGAACGCGAUUAAGAGGAACAAUAUCGACAAACUCGAUAAUGAUGCUGCUAAAUUCAUCAAGGCAUUCGACGACUAUAGUCCCAAAGUUGAUAAAUCUGAUCUUGCCAAAAAUGAUGCUCUUCUUUCAUCAUUUAAGGAUACUGCUUGCGGGCUACUGUUUGGUAUGCAAGGCGUCCUUGUAUCAGGUGUCCAGGGUAGGGUUGGUGGAAAUCUCUUGUGUGAAAAACUGCAGGGAACUCUGGCUGAAUUUUCAACGCUAAGAGAGAACAUAUUUGACUUCCAGUUUAACCUUGUAAAUGCUCUAGCCCGAGUUGUCCGUGGUAACGUUGCAAAUAAGCUGGCAAAGUCUAUUGGGUCGAGUAAUCUUCUAGACGAUAGUAAAAUGAUGUUAGGAUUCUUAAUGACACAGUAUCGACUUCAGUCACAUGCAUCUUUUUACUGUAACAAACUCGAGUACCUUAAUCAAGGCAGGAAGAUCAAUGAAUGCGCAAAACCUGGUUUCUUUUCUAAGCACGAUCUAACCACCCUAAUCGCUUAUCGGCCAGAUUCUACGUAUCAUGUAGAUGAAAGAUUUGUUUACAUUCCAACACGUCCCCAGUUCAAUGGUGAUAAGGGUUUCAUUGAUCUGCCAGCCCUUAAGGAGAGCAACACCGUCAUUUUUCGUUUACCCGCAAACAGAACAUGGUUACGGAAAUACAACUGGCUGGCACGAGGAGAGAAACUUGCACCAUUUGUGAAAAGUUUCAAGUUGUACCUUCCACUCAAACAGUACAAAACUGGAAGGGAAAGAGAAUUCUCAAGAACCCAAAUUCAUUUGAAGUCUGUGGCUGGCAGUUCCUUCGAUGGAAAUGCUAAGUUGACGUACUACCUACCUCCUAAAUAUGACGAAUACAAAACAAAAUACAUUGAGGGUUACAGUCGAUCACAAUGCCCAUCUGGAAAGGAAAUUGACAAUCCUUACAGCCUUUGUGAUAACUUGCCUAAAAUCUGCGACACUAGCCAAACAGUUCCUCAAUCAUGCCCGUCUACGCAAGCCCUUAGACCUACAAUACUUUCCACCUGGAACCUAACCAUUACAAAGGGAUCCGGUGCCCGUGACCUGUUGUGGGGUUCGAACUCCCCAAAUCCUGCCACAAAUCUCUUGAUAAUUGGAAAAGUACAGCUUUGCUUUACACCUUCGUCCAACCGAAGACAGUUCUUGUCACAGCAGCGAGAUACGGGAGCUCUUCCCAGUAAAUGCUGCACUGACAACACGUAUAGGCCAGAUUGGAAGAAAACAAACUGUGUCCCAUGCCCGUCAAAACCAACAAAUUCGGUUUCAAAAUUGGGAGGUUACUAUUGCGAAAAGUGA